CUCGACUCAUCCUGCGUGUUCCAUCGUUUUACAUCUACUAAACAAAGAAAAUGAGUGUAAACUGAAAAUGAAGACUGCAGUUGCUGCAUCGCCUCAUUCAAGCAGCAAUAAAACUUCAGGCUGUGAGAUGCAGUGGGAUGGAGUGAGCUGUUGGCCAUCUGCCUCUGAAGGAGAAACCGUCUCCGUCCAGUCCUCUGCUGCUGCUGAAGCCCAGAACUCCUCCAGCUCUGAUCAGCAGGAACUGUACAGCUGCAGGAUGGAGCAAACCGAGCCUGCCGUACAACAAAGCCUGUUAGCAUGAAGCUUAUGAGCAAGAUGAAGACAUGGGGAGAGAGAAAAAUUACUUUGAUUCUCUGAGGCUGAUCUACAGUGUUGGAUAUGGGGUGUCUCUGGCUGCUCUGCUCGUCGCCAUUCUGGUUUUCUGCUGUUUCAGGAAGCUGUUCUGCACACGCAACUACAUCCAUCUAAACCUGUUUGUGAGCUUCAUACUUAGGAGUCUUGCUGCGCUCAUCAAAGAUGCAGUGCUGUUUGCAGACAAAAGCAUGGACCACUGCACAGCAUCCACAUUCCAGUGCAAAGCUGCAGUGACCUUCUUCCACUUCUGUGUUCUGACAAACGUCUCAUGGCUGCUGGUUGAAGAUAAACCUCCUGAUCUUCUUAAACAUCAGCAGGAUCAUUGCUCAGAAGAUGAAAGCAACUAAUAGAAACCAAAGACUCUGGUUUGCUCCACUCUGCUCCUCAUCCCCCACUUCGGUCUCCACUAUGUGUUGUUGGCUCUGAUUCAGGCGUAAACUAACCGUGACGUCACCCGUUGGUUUCAACGCCGAGAAAAUGAAGCCCGGCGUCAUCAAACAGACUGGACCGGAGAGCAACUAUGGGCAGGAUUGGCUGAGGACUCUCUUAUCCCGCCCACAUUUUACCACAGAGGCUUCUGUUGCUGUCUAUCAAGUAUAGCCACGCCCCCUGGCUCCGCCGACUUUAACGAUUUAUUUAAAAUUCAAUAUUGAUUUAUUUUAAGAUCGGCCACCUGAUCUCUCAUUUUGACCAUGAAAACUAACGGGAAAAAAAUCCUGAGCUGUAGAACAUCAGUCUAUCAGAUUUUAUUUUUUCCAAAAAUGAAUUGGGGUCUAUGGAGCAAAAGCUUCUUUGAGCCAACCCUAGCGGACGGCGUGAUAUUGCAAGUUUUUGACACUUCCGGGUUGGCUUCAAUUCUGGAGCCAGAUGCUACGUCCAUCUUUAUAUACAGUCUAUGCUCUGAUCCCAGAAAAUGUCGGCGUCAGGCCUCAGCUCAACCUAGAGUCAGUUUUAGGCUAAUUUCAGGUGAUAAAUCCCUCAUAAGAUCAAAUAAAGUAUAAAGAGAUGAGUUACUUAGUGUCCAGUGGAAGCACAUCCAUCCAUCCUCUAUACACCGCUUUAUCCUCACUAGGGUCAUGGGGGGUGCUGGAGUCUAUCCCAGCUGACUCGGGCGAAGGCAGGGGACACCCUGGACAGGUCGCCGGGCUACAUACAUAGACGAACAAUCACACUCACAUUCACACCUACGGGCAAUUUAGAGUAGUCAAUUAACUUCAGCAUGUUUUUGGACUGUGGGAGGAAGCCGGAGUACCCGGAGAAAACCCACGCAUGCACAGGGAGAACAUGCAAACUCCAUGCAGAAAGAUCCCAGGCCCACCCCAGGAUUCGAACCAGGGAUCUUCUUGCUGCAAGGCGAAAGUGCUAACCACUACUCCGCUGAGCAGCCAGUGGAAGCACGUUAAGAAAUAUCUUCACUAUUACUUCACCAAGAAACGUGGUGGAGUUAUGCAAUAAUCGAUGGUUGUUUGUCUGUUUGUCCUUCUGUCUGUCAGCAACAUUACUCAAAAACAGACUAACGGAUUUGGAUGAAAUUUUCAUGGAAAGUCAGAAAUGACACAAGGACCAAGUGAUUAGAUUUUGGAAGUGAUGCGACUUAUAGUCUGGAUCCACGGAUUUAUUAAAGAUUUCUGUAUCAUUGUGACAUAGUGGCACAGAGUCACUGUAGCCAUGCAAAAUAUACACGAAUACAUGAAAAAUAGCAAACAAAAACGCACAAAAUGCGCAGAAAGAGACACAAAAGGACCACGAGAAGAUGUAAAAUGGCCACCAAAAUAUUCAAAACAACCACAACCACCAAGAGACACUAUAUAGAGAUACUAAAUCACAGAAAACAACACAAAAGAAAAUCAAACUGAUCAGAAAGAGACAAAAAAACAACACAAAAGUGAUGCAAACUAACAAAAAAAAAGAUUCAGCAAGCACAAAUGCAUGUAGAAUGGGCAUGAAUAGAUGCAAAAUGGCAGGAAAGGCACAAACGCAUGGGAAAAGAGAUGCAAAAUAAACACAAAUACAUGAAAAAUAAAUGCAAGGACACACAAACCACACAUGUUUAGCUUAUUUUGCGUCUUUUAGUUUGCCGUUCUUCCUCCGAUGCUACGUAUAUUUAUGGGGAGUUUUUACAGGUCUGUUCCCAGAGCCCUGUAAUCUAACAGUUCAUCCAUGAUUUUAUUAUUUCUUCAGCCUCUCCUCCACAUUAUUCCUGCUCUCUGGGAAUGUCGUGCUGGCAGCAGCUCCGCUCAGGGGCCCCCAGGUACAAAGAAACAAAGCUCAGGCAUGAAUGAGUCGGUCGAGGAGCUUCAAAGUGAUGAAACCAAAGCAUGCUCUGAUUUAUUAGACAGAUUCCAGUUUGACGAGUCCGGAUUCUGACAAGGAGCAGUUUGAAAAAAGCCAUGACUGCAAAGAGUUACAGACCAAUGACAGAAGGUGCAAAAAGAGCCCAAGAAUCAAAACAACAGCAAAGAGAUUUCAAAAAACAACUAAAAAAGAUGCAAAGGGGUUGCAAAAUGAGACACAAACUGAUAGCAAGACACAAAAGGGGCACAAUAUAGACACAAAACACCUGCAAAGUGUAAAAAUUGAACUAAAAUGACUUUAAACAAGCAAAAACUGAGCACAAGACAGAAACUACAUGCAAAGUCUCGCCUGCAAAAUGACCUCAAAUAGACAAAAAAGGAUGAGAAAGGGCCAUAAAUUACAUAAUUAAUACGCAUAAAGUGACUGCAGAAGCACUAAAUUGAUUAUAAAGAGACAAAACUGCAAAGUAGAGAAACAAAAAGGCCACCAGUGCACAAAAAACUGUUAAAUGAUUCAAAAUAAAUGGAAACAGAUGCAAAUUAAUCACAACAUCUCACAAGCUACAUGUAAAAUGACAACAAAUAGACACAAAAGGACUCAAAAGAAGCAGAAACAGAUCAAACUGAGCAACAGACACAAACUAAAUGCAAAUUCUUGUUUGCAACACGAUCUUAAAUAGACAAAAGAGGAUGAGAAAGGGCCAUAAAUGCAAAAUAAACACACAAAGGUAUCUGCAGAAGCACUAAAUAACUAAAAUGACUUCAAACAAGCAAAAAUUGAGCACAAGACACAAACUACAUGCAAAUUCUUGUUUGCAAAUAGACAAAAAGGGAUGAGAAAGGGAUAUUGAUGCACAAUUAAGACACAAAAGUGACUGCAGAAGCAUGAAAUAACGUAAAAAAUGAUGCACAGCGGUGAUCUGAUUACAAAAUAGAGAUGCCAAAGCACAAAACACCUGCAAAAUGACCCUAAAGAAGCAGAAAAAGAUCAAACUAAUCACAACAUCUCACAAAGUACAUGCAAAAUAAACGCAACUAGACACAAAAUGACCACAAAUAGACACAAAAUGACUACAAAUAGACACAAAAUGACUACAAAUAGACACAGAAUGACCACAAAAGAUGCAAAACAACCAGAAAAACACAAAGAGAACAUAAAAACAACCCAUCAGCACCACCCUCCCUGUCCUCCCUCUGAAUGGUCUGACCGGGCGGUUCACAUGGCGCCCUCCCCCCAUGUGGAGGUCCAUGUUGUUCCUCCACAUUCAUCCAGCUGCACUGCUCUGAGAACCACACAGGAGGAACUUUGCAGCAGCACGGUCACAAUGAACGGCACUCUGGACGGAAACUACAACCAGGUCCAGCAUGACGGAUCCUUCAUGUUCACCUCAGAGUCUGUGGGAGAAGGACAUCCUGAUAAAAUCUGUGACCAGAUCAGUGAUGCUGUUCUGGAUGCUCACCUGAGACAAGACCCUGAUGCUAAAGUGGCCUGUGAGACGGUGUGUAAGACUGGGAUGGUGCUGCUCUGUGGAGAAAUCACAUCUCGAGCCACCGUGGAUUAUCAGAAGGUGGUGAGAGACAUCAUCCAACACAUCGGCUAUGAUGACUCGGAGAAAGGUUUUGAUUUUAAGACCUGCAACAUUUUGGUGGCUCUGGAGCAGCAGUCACCGGACAUCGCUCAGGGAGUUCAUGUGGACCGACCGGAGAGCGACAUUGGAGCUGGAGACCAGGGUCUGAUGUUUGGAUACGCCACAGAUGAGACUGAGGAGUGUAUGCCCCUCACCAUAGUCCUCGCACACAAACUCAACGCAAAGAUGGCCGAACUGAGACGAAACGGGACGGUUCCCUGGUUCCGACCCGACUCCAAGACUCAGGUAACAGUUCAUUACAUCCAGGAAAAUGGUGCUGUGAUCCCUAAAAGAGUCCACACUGUGGUGAUCUCAGUCCAGCACGACGACUGUGUGAGUCUGGAGGAGCAGAGGAGGGUCCUGAAGGAGAAGGUCAUCAAGGCCGUGGUGCCUUCAAGGUACCUGGACGAGAACACCGUCUAUCACCUGCAGCCCAGCGGACGCUUCGUGAUCGGAGGACCUCAGGGUGAUGCAGGAGUCACAGGGAGGAAGAUCAUCGUGGACACGUAUGGAGGUUGGGGAGCUCACGGCGGCGGAGCUUUCUCUGGGAAGGAUUACACCAAAGUGGACCGAUCAGCCGCCUACGCUGCCCGCUGGGUGGCAAAGUCUCUGGUGAAGGCCAAACUGUGCAGGAGGGUUCUGGUGCAGGUGUCUUAUGCCAUCGGAGUAGCUCAUCCUCUCUCCAUCUCCCUGUUCACCUUCGGCUCCUCUCAGAGAACCGAGAAAGAGCUGCUGCAGAUCGUUAAUAAAAACUUCGACCUCAGACCCGGAGUCAUAGUCAGAGACCUGGACCUGAAGAGGCCGAUCUACCAGAGAACAGCCUGUUAUGGACAUUUUGGGAGGAAGGAGUUUCCCUGGGAGAUCCCAAAGAACCUCAACUUCUAGUGAGAGAUAUACAGAUGCAGAAGCUGUAACCCAGUAAGAGAAAGGUUCAAGGAUCAAAGAGGGGUGUAGAUGAUGCUGUUUCACUGGUAUGAGGUAGAUUUGGGUGAGAGGUGUUUCAUCUGAGACAUAUUGGCACCUGCAGACGGUUUGUUUCACAGUUUUCUUGCUUUUCUGUUCAAAAAUGAGUAAAUGACCAAAUUUUACAAGAUUUUAGCCGUGCAUAAGUUUAUAAAGUCAUGAAAAUAAUCUAUGUUAUCAUUCAAAUUCUGCUCAGUACCAACAGAAUUUCUGUAACAACCUGCAGCUGUUGUGACCACUAACAGUACUUUUUUUUUUUUGGUGUUUUGUGGUCCAGAGGUUUCUUUUUGCAGCAUAAAAUCAGAGCUGUAUGUUUGAUUUAUUCGGAUGCUUCAUGCUCAAUGCAGUUUUAGAAGCUUUUUAAUUUCCUCAAGACUUAUCGACAUUUAACCUGCAAAGCAAUCAUAAGACGUGAUCUGAAAACGUGAUAAAGACGAGCUAAAAAGGCCUCAAAAGUCUUAUUCUCUAUGCACUGUAACAUUUAUAGUGUAGAUUCCUUGAUUUCUGUAGAGCUCAAAGAGUUCCUGCAGGUGUUAAUGCUUCGCUGGAUAAUUAAUGACGCCAAAGUUAUUAUUUACAACAAUCGAUGGAGUUUUUUUAGUUGUGAUUUCAUUAGACGUGAUCUCAAAAGGUGAUAAAUAUGAGACAAAGAGGCUCAUAAAUCAAAGAAAACGUCUUUUCCUGCAGGCAUCACGGCAUUUUAUCCGUUGGAAAGCUGACUGCAGACUUUCUGUAGGUGUUAAUGGUACUUACAGAAGUUUACGUAGCUUUUAUGAUCCCACUGUGUUGUUUUUUUUAGCAAGAAAUCAAAUCUCCAUGUUUGAGACGAGUAUUUAGAAAAGUCUGAAUCUCUUUAAGACCAGCAAUGAACAACAAAAGCUUCAAACCAACCUCAAAGCGAACAGAACACGUGGUUUUUACAAGGUGAUAAAUGUGUGCCAAAGAAGUUUCAAAAGUUUGUGUAAAUCAGAGAAACCCUGUGUAUGCAUCAUAACGUUUAUACUGCAUAUUUCUACAUGUUCAGAGAGCUGUCUGCAGGCUUUAUUUAGCUAAUUAAAGACAUUUUUUACUGUUUUGUUUUUCAGUAAGAACCUUCUCUCUGUAUCUUCCCCUGCAGUCCAUAAAAUGCUGUCAUGGUUUUCAAUGAUUUGCUGCGAUAACAUUUUAAAUUAAUAUCUGCAGACAAAGAAAGCUGAAUAAAACUGAGAUGAAAAUA